AUGUAUGGGAGUAUCCGCCAUAAAUUGCGGUUUUUGAGGCUUUCUCAACUUGAUUUUGAGAAGGCAUUCUGGGAAAUGGGCAAUUUAGUGCGCGCUCCGCGAAAAGUUUUUCGGUCAAUUGUUCUUCAUGUACAAACAACGAAUCGUUAUGUCCGGGAUGAUCCAGCGUUUAUAAUCGUUUUCGGCCUACUAAUGGCAUUAAGUGGAAUAUUAUGGGGCCUUGUUUAUGCCAGAUCAGUUCGGGAAGCCUUUUCACUCGCAUUUUUCAUGGUAACUGUUGAUUUAUUAGUUGUUGGCGCCUUAUUGGCAUCAGUCGGAUAUUUAUUAGCGCGUUUUGUAUUUUUUGACAGGGAGAUGUCGCGUAGCUCUCUAUCAGAUGGAACAAAUGGAACAAUUGAAUGGGGUUAUUGCCUUGAUGUGCAUUUUAACGCGUUUUUCCCCGUUUUUGUUUUCAUAUACACGAUUCAAUUGUUUAUGGCUCCAUUUUUUCUUCAAGAUAAAUGGAUUUCGUUAUACUUUGGGAAUACUCUGUAUCUGUUGGCUAUAUGUUAUUACUUUUAUCUAACGUUUUUGGGUUACCAAGUUCUCCCAUUUUUAAAGAACACACAUUACCUUCUUUCUCCCAUACCGUUCUUUAUCGUCAUGUGGUGUGUUUCAUUAUUCGGAUUCAACAUUCCACAGCAUGUUAUUUCUGUUUACAUCCUCAACGAUCAAUGA